AUGUUCUGUCUACGAAGUUGGCUACCUCUCCUCUUUAUUCCGACCAACGCAUCCCCGCUUUUCAUCAUCUCGUUUGUCGCUUUAACAUACAUCAUCCACCGGCCCUGCAUCUACUGUUCCGCAUUACUCCUAAUCCUUUUCGUCUCAUCAUGCCACUGGUCAGAUCGCUGCAUCUUUGACUUGCGCAGCAACUGGUUUGCACCCCGGUAUAGCGCUGAGUCCGGCGACUAUGGCUCUAUUUCCGGCAACGCAUCGACCGAGGCGACGGUAUCUACUGAGGGCCUGACGGAAUUUGUGUUUGACACUGUCAACUCUACCGCAAAAGCAUUGGCAGGCGCCGCAAUGGAAGGCGUGCAGCAGCGAUUUGCGCCCAAUGGGUUGGAAUCAAAGCCUGACGAGUGGACUGGAGUCGGAUUGGAAUGGAUGCGUAACCUUUUGGGUAGGCGCGAGUGGACUCUUCCAUGUGUGGAUGUCACAGUGCGACUAUAG